UUGAUUUGGAAAGUGUUACGAAUGAUUUAGAUUCUUUAUAUUUUCAUUCGAAGAAAUGUCAAAUCAUCACUUAUUCCUUAAGUACGGAUACCCACGUCCACCCUUUGGUCUCGGCGUUGGUCGUUACGUGUGUCAGCUUCAAAGAGUAACUUUAAAAUUUUGUAAAAAUCAUGGUGGAAGUAUUGGAAUUAGGAAAUUUUUGGAAAAUGAUUUAAUUGAUUACGCAAAGGAUAAUCCUGGAGUUGUGGUGUACAUUAAACCAAGAAGACAUAGGAGUCCAGUUAUAAAGGCAGAAUAUUUGAAUGGCGAGACACAUUGGAUGUGUGUUAAGAAUUACUCCCGUGAAGAUAUUAUACAAUGGAUGGAAUUAAUAAGAACGCAGUAUCAUAAUGGUUCGUCCCUUCGAUUGCUUAAGUUAUGGCAUACAGAUUUUCCUUCUAUUCAAGGGCCUUGGACACCUUUUACUUUUAAGGAACCAUCCAUGAACCUUGCAAAGUUCCCAAAUAAGGAACUCGGCGAACCUGUUAAAAUAAUACCUACAGCAACAGAAGAAUUGAUAAGAAUAUUCAAAAAGCAACAAGAGGAACAAGUAUCAGAAAAUAGGAAAGAAGAAAUAGCUGGCAAAAGCAUUGGUUAAAUAAGCAUUUUUACUAAUCUUGAUAUUUUUGUAUAUAUAAACAAAUAGUACGCGUAAAUAAAUUCUAGAUCAGAUAA